AUGAAGAUCCUCAACGAGAGAGACUCCUUCCUCUCCAACUAUGAGGUGGGCGAGUUCAUGAAGGACAUCAAGAAAAAGUACAACUGGACGUUCACAGCCGAGGAUGACGAAGCACAAGCCAACGACAAAAGGAAGUUCAAGAAGAGAUUCACUGCCUGUGGCUUGGAGCUCGAGGUCAUAACGAGAGACGUGCUAUCCUAUCUCAGCAACAGUGCCUCCAGUGCCAUUGACACCCAACAAAACUUCCAGAAGUUGAUGGAAUUCUUGAAUGGUUUCGAGUUGAUGAAGAUUGAAAAAUUACAGAUCGUGAAUGCCUUGCCCCGUUCCAUGGUCCAUUUGUACGCUUUGGUUGAAGAGUGUGAUCUGAGAUUUGAUGAGGAGAGAUGCGAGCUGAUCAUCGCCAAGAUCAACGAGUUGUUCCCUGUGGAAGAAGAGGAAGAAGAGGAAGAACAAGAAGAACAGGACGAGGGAGAAGAAAGUGAGCAGUUCAAGUCGGCUGAACAAACACCAGAGCAGUGA